AACAUGAAGCUGCUGCUGACUGUGUGUCUGACCUGCGCUCUGUUCUACACAGUCCAUUCACUGAGCUGCCACGUGUGUACAGACCAACUGUGCAGCAACAUGACGACCGUUCAGUGUCCUGACUCCAGCACAGUGUGCAUCACUGUCACAUCAGUGAUAAACAACGGCUUAUUAGGGCGUCUGGAAAUCCAUAAAAACUGUUCGUCACUCACGUCCUGCACCACUCCUCUGUCCACUGAGGUGGAAUUGUCAGUGAACCUGGGUUACUCACAGAAUUCCUACACUCAGAUUUGCUGCAAUACUGACAACUGCAACAUGCAGACACUGGCCAUUCCCAGUUUUAUUCCAAACGGGAAGGUGUGUCCUGCUUGUGCCAGCGCUCACCACAGCUUGGCCGGGAUCUGCAACACCACAAUGCAAUGUGUGGGAGCCGAGAACAGCUGCUUCACCAGCGACUUUACAUCCGACUCCUCAAAGAAGGUGGAACUUGGCUGUAUGACCAAAAACCUGUGCACCACCCAGGCAGCAAUCCUAUCUUUGUUUGCUGAUAAUCCCAAGGUCACGUGUGACGCCUCAUGGAGCAUCCGGAUCGGUGCUGUCCUGCCAGUGUUGGCUCUUACUGUGUAUAAGGUCCUCGUUUAGCUCACACACACACACAUACAGGCAGAAGCAGCCGCCACACUGUUGUAUAGAAUGUUUCAGCGUCUGUGCAAACACAACAUGCCCGAUGUACAGUCUGCAUGAUACUGUAUGUGCUUUAUAAUAGAUAGAUAGAUAGAU